CUAACUACGGAUAUACAUGUCACUCCGCAUACCCCGAGACCCUGCAGCUAAAGCGGGUACAGCCGAUUGCAGCCCGAGGUAUGGCAUGGGUGGUUGUUGCAGUACGGAUGACGUAACUGAAUAGUUCGCCCGUUUUUCGUGCGCGCGCACCAAGCUUCUUCACUUCGCCAGGCAGAAUAUAUGUUCUCUGUGAGCUUGCGGCCCUGGGCAGCUUCGAAUUCUCAUUUUCCGAAUGUGAUUCUGACGGCGUUUCUCAGCUAUUAUACAGUCUUUACUCAUCGCGGUACUGCUAUCGAUGAUCGGAAGGGUGGACUAAACCCUUCCUAUGCCGAGAUAAAUGUCAAAAAUACAGAACAGAACAGUCUAUUGGUUUCUCUAUUUGACUUGUACGAAGCACUUAUGAAGCAAUACGCAUUCGUCUUGGAAUAACCUAGUUCCAAAUCGUUCGUUCCGCGUUAUACCAUGAAGGUCAUGCAGGGUCUU